GGAGAUGCAGCGGCGGCUCCGGGUGUCACGGCGCAGGCCGGGCGGUGUGCGGGCCGGAGGCGGGCAAGGGGUACUCGCCGCUGCACCCACAUUCUGCUGACGCCCCAGCCCUGCAGGCGGUCUAGGGUGGUCCCAACUGUCGUCCUGCUUUACAGUCCCCACCCCUCCGCCCUUUGUGCCGCCGCCACCCGGCGUCCCAGUUCGGCGGGACCCGGGGAGCGCGGGAGCCAGAGGCCCCACUGGGCGCACGGCCGGUAGCGGAUGGCGAUCACGGGCGGCGGGCGCAGGGGCGCUGCAGCCCGAGCCCGCGACGUUGGAAGCCCGGGCCGCCUCCGCCGCAUUGUCCCGGGCUGCGAGCCCAGGCCCUGAGCUGCCGCAGCGCCCGCCCACCGCCACCCGCGGGGCCAUGCGGAGAGCCGCGGGGAUGGAGGAGUACUCCGCAGAGGAGGAGGAGUCCUGGUACGACCAUCAGGACCUGGAGCAGGACUUGCACCUAGCGGCAGAGCUCGGGAAGACUCUGCUGGAGAGAAACAAGGAGCUGGAGGAGUCCCUGCAGCAGAUGUACUCUACCAAUGAGGAGCAGGUGCAGGAGAUCGAGUACCUGACCAAGCAGCUGGACACGCUGAGGCUAGUGAAUGAGCAGCAUGCCAAAGUGUACGAGCAGCUGGACCUGACUGCCAGAGACCUGGAGCUGACCAACCAGAGGCUGGUGUUGGAGAGUAAGGCUGCCCAGCAGAAGAUCCAUGGGCUAACAGAAACCAUCGAGCGCCUGCAGUCCCAGGUCGAGGAGCUCCAGGCCCAGGUGGAGCAACUUCGAGGCCUGGAGCAAGUCCGGGUUCGCAGGGAAAAGCGGGAACGCAGGAGAACCAUCCAUACCUUCCCCUGCCUAAAGGAGCUGUGCACGAGUCCCCGAUGUGAGGAUGCCUUCCGCCUACACAGUUCCUCGCUGGAGCUGGGUCCUCGGCCGCUGGAGCAGGAAAACGAACGACUGCAGACUUUGGUUGGGGUGCUCCGUUCCCAGGUGAGCCAGGAGCGACAGCGCAAGGAGCGGGCAGAACGUGAGUACACUCUGGUGCUGCAGGAGUACACGGAGCUGGAGCGACAGCUGUGCGAGAUGGAGGGCUGCCGCCUGCGCGUGCAGGAGCUGGAGGCCGAGCUGCUGGAGCUGCAGCAGAUGAAGCAGGCCAAGACCUACCUGCUGGCCCGGGAUGAGCACCUGGCCGAGGCUUUGCUGGCGCCCCUCACUCAGGCCCCUGAGGCUGAUGACCCCCAGCCAGGAAGCGGAGAUGACCCCAAUGCCCAGGAUGGUGUCUCCUCGCCUGCAGCUUCCCCCAGCCACGCGGUGCGCAAGAGCUGCAGCGACACGGCACUCAAUGCCAUAGUGGCCAAAGACCCAGCCAGCCGGCACGCUGGCAACCUCACUUUGCAUGCCAACAGUGUGCGCAGGCGCGGUAUGUCUAUCCUGAGGGAGGUGGACGAGCAGUACCACGCCCUGCUGGAAAAAUACGAGGAGCUUCUGAGCAAGUGCCGGCAGCAUGGUGCCGGGGUGCGGCACGCGGGGGUGCAGACCUCACGGCCCAUCUCCCGGGACAGCUCAUGGAGGGACCUACUGGGGGGCGAGGAGAGCCAGGGGGAGGGCAAGGCGGGUGAGAAGAGCCUAAGCCAGCACGUGGAAGCUGUGGAUAAGCGGCUGGAGCAGAGCCAGCCUGAGUACAAGGCGCUCUUCAAAGAGAUCUUUGCCAGGAUCCAGAAGACCAAGGCCGACAUCAACGCCACCAAAGUCAAGACGCACAGCAGCAAGUGACCCCUCUCUAGGCCUGUAGCUUCCCUCUGCCUCCUCUCCAGAGGGGGUCUGUCAGGCCUGGAUGGCAGCCUCUUGGCAAGUGAGAGAGCCCUUUACGCAGCAAUAUACCAUAGCUGGUGGCUGGAGCAUGGGCAAGGAAAGCCUUUCUGAUCUAAGGGACACAGCAUAUCUCCUGCUGGUGGCCCAGCUCACUUGUUCUGCCUCCCUUGGCCACUUUGCUUCAGCUUGAAGGCACAGCUCAGUUUAAAAGCCAAACACACUCCCCACCCGCCACUGCCACCCUGCCACUGUCCCCUCAGCUUCUGGACCCCAGGCCCCUGACCCUCAGCUCGCCCCCAGUCUUCUGCAAGCCUUUCCGGCUUCACCCUCCAAAGUUGUCUUUCUGAGAGAUUUGCAAUGCAGGGCCGCCCGAAGCCUUGUCACAACUGGAAACACUUGAAAGGGGGCCUCAGAGCCAGCCAUUGCUGGUGUCUGGGGUCUCCUAGACCGUCCACUGCUUCUCGCCAGUCAUACCGUCAUUCGCUUAGCACCAGCUGUACCACUCCCAGAUCUGGGCAGGGCACCGAUAGCUCCCUCCCACCUUGCAGAGCAGGAAGCUUUAGCUAGGCUCCACUGUACCCGCUCCGCCCUGGCAAAUGCCUUCAGCUCACCACAGACCUGUAGCCAAUCCGAAUAGAGGAAGAGGGAGCCCCUCGACAGCCAUACAUGGGUAGUGUUCCUUUCCUCUGAGAGCCAAGUUCCAUUCCUGGAAUUACCUUCUGGGCAUGAAGCCUCCAGGGUCUGGGAUGAAGGGACCUCCCCCGAGCCUAUGAACCACCAAUGCUUCCCUCCCUUUCUCUGUGCUUGCCCUCAUCUCAGGGACCAUGACGUCUCUCAUCCACCCUCUCUUCCUCAGGCCAACCCUGGGACAGUUCACAUCUGCAGCCUUCAGAAUGUCUAUGUGGGUGUCACCAGCCCAGGUCCAAGUGUUCAUUCCUGUCCUUCACCAGGGACUGCGGGGUCCUUACUAGUUUUGAUUGGUUGGGUUUUGUUCUGGGUGUUUGUUUGUUUGUUUGUUUCUCUCUCUCUCUCUCUCUUUUUUUUUUUUUUCCCCCCCGGAGCUGAGGACCGAACCCAGGGCCUUGCGCUUGCUAGGCAAGUGCUCUACCACUGAGCUAAAUCCCCAACCCAGUUUUUGUUUGUUUUGUUUUGUUUUGUUUUGAGACAGGGUUUCUCUGUGUAUCCUUGACUGUCCUGGAACUCGCUCUGGACCAGGCUGGCUUCCAACUCAGAGAUCCUCCUGCCUCUGCCUCCCAGGCACUGGGUGUGAUCCACUACUGCCGGGCCCUCAUGUUGUGCUGUAUUCUUAAGUUGAGGAAGAAAUCUCUCCCUUCCCACCUUUUUACAGAACACCUGCUCCUUAUCUCCCACUUCUAUGGGGGUGGCUUUUGAGGCUCCAUCUGGAUGAGGGGUUCAAUAUUUUAGUCUAAAACUUCAGAAAGUCAAGCAUCAUCUAAAACAUGCCCAGGGCCCCGGCUUGUCCUCAGCAGCCCUUCAGGGCUUCUGGUUCCUUCCACCACCCUUCCCAGGAUUCUAGAAAUCAAAGGAGCCAUACAAUCCAGUAGGAGGCAGUGACUCUGGCCUCAGUGCUGGGAGCCCAGUGGGAACCGUCAUGCCUUACCUCCGUCUAAUGGGUAAAGGGCUUUCUUACCAAGCAUGUCUGACAUCCCUGGAGAGGCUGUGUUGUUUCAGGUGGCACUGUAAUGCCAGCUGACAACCAGAUCCUUCUGUUCACCUUACUUGGAACCUUUUUUUGUCCUUUGGGGCCGGGCACCUGCAGACCCUCUGUGUGUCCCUGUCAUGUGGGGAUUGGGGAGGAAUUCAGGCCUGUUCACUUCCCCAGUUCUGUAGCAGCCGAUCAGUGUCACCUUUGAAGUAUACCUGAGAGAAAUAUAUUUACAAAUGCUUUAUUCUCUUCUUUAAUAAAAAAUGCACCAGUAUUCUAAAAGCA